UCGGAUCAUUCUCUUCUCUCUGAUUCCGAAUCGGUUAAUUAUUAUUAUGGAUUCUUCUUCUUCCUCCGCCGCCGCACGCCGCCGCAUCAACGCUAUCCACUCUCAUCUCGUCACCUCUUCUCGCUCUUCCCCUCUCCUCCGCUCCAAUCCCACCGCCGGCGAGUUCUGUCUUGAUAAUGGCUACAGUGUUGUUCUCCCCGAGAAAUUGAAUACUGGCAAUUGGAACGUCUACAGAUCUGCAAAGUCUCCGUUCAAGCUCGUUAGCAGAUUCCCAGAUCAUCCUGACAUCGCUACUCUCCAUGACAAUUUUGAGCAUGCUGUUCAUGAUUUUCGGGAUUACAAGUAUUUAGGAACUCGUGUUCGUGUCGACGGAACUGUUGGAGACUACAAAUGGAUGACAUAUGGAGAAGCUGGUACAGCAAGAACUGCUUUAGGUUCGGGUUUAGUUCAUCACGGAAUCCCCAUGGGAUCAUCUGUUGGAAUUUACUUUAUCAACCGCCCCGAGUGGCUCAUCGUUGAUCAUGCUUGUUCUUCUUAUUCUUAUGUGUCUGUUCCUUUGUAUGAUACUCUUGGUCCUGAUGCUGUGAAGUUUAUUGUCAAUCAUGCAACUGUGCAAGCCAUAUUUUGUGUGGCAGAGACUUUAAACUCUUUACUUAGCUGUUUGUCUGAGAUGCCAAGUGUACGCCUGGUGGUGGUUGUUGGAGGGUUGAAUGAAUCUUUACCCUCUCUUCCCUCAUCAACAGGAGUGAAAGUUGUAUCAUAUUCGGUGUUACUGAAUCAGGGUCGUAGUAACCCUCAGCGGUUUUUUCCACCAAAACCCGAUGAUGUUGCAACCAUAUGCUAUACAAGCGGAACAACUGGGACACCCAAGGGAGUCGUAUUAACUCAUGCAAACUUGAUUGCGAAUGUUGCUGGCUCCAGCUUUAGUGUGAAAUUUUUCUCGUCAGAUGUUUACAUUUCGUAUCUUCCACUGGCACACAUUUACGAACGAGCUAAUCAGAUCCUAACAGUGUACUUUGGAGUUGCUGUUGGAUUCUAUCAAGGGGACAAUAUGAAACUACUGGAUGAUUUGGCUGCUCUGAGACCUACUGUGUUCAGCAGUGUCCCUCGAUUAUACAAUAGAAUAUAUGCUGGUAUCAUUAACGCAGUAAAAACCUCUGGUGGGCUGAAAGAGAGACUCUUCAAUGCUGCCUAUAAUGCAAAGAAGCAGGCUCUCUUGAAUGGAAAGAGUGCUUCUCCCAUAUGGGACAGGUUGGUAUUUAAUAAGAUAAAGGACAGACUUGGAGGGCGGGUUCGUUUUAUGACGUCUGGUGCUUCACCUCUGUCUCCUGAAGUGAUGGAAUUUUUGAAAAUAUGCUUUGGAGGAAGGGUAACAGAGGGAUAUGGAAUGACUGAAACAUCUUGUGUUAUAAGUGGAAUGGACGAGGGUGAUAACCUCACUGGACAUGUUGGCUCUCCUAAUCCAGCUUGUGAAGUAAAGCUUGUGGAUGUCCCGGAAAUGAACUAUACAUCAGUGGAUCAGCCCCAUCCCCGUGGCGAAAUAUGUGUUAGGGGUCCUAUAAUUUUUAGAGGCUAUUACAAAGAUGAAGUUCAAACGAAAGAGGUGAUUGAUGAAGAUGGAUGGCUUCACACUGGAGAUAUAGGUCUGUGGCUGCCGGGAGGACGUCUCAAAAUUAUUGACAGGAAGAAGAACAUCUUCAAACUGGCGCAGGGCGAGUAUAUAGCUCCAGAGAAAAUUGAAAACGUUUAUGCUAAAUGCAAAUUUGUGGGCCAGUGCUUUAUAUAUGGUGAUAGCUUUAAUUCAUCAUUGGUAGCUGUUGUAUCGGUUGAUCCAGAUGUGCUGAAAAGCUGGGCUGCUUCAGAAGGCAUUAAGUAUGGAGGAGAUCUGAGAGAAUUGUGCAAUAACCCGAGAGUGAAAGCAGCAGUACUAUCUGACAUGGACACUGUUGGAAGAGAAGCUCAGUUGAGAGGCUUUGAGUUUGCAAAGGCUGUGACAUUGGUGCUGGAACCAUUUACUCUGGAAAAUGGCUUGUUGACUCCGACAUUCAAGAUUAAGAGACCACAAGCAAAGGAAUAUUUCGCAGAAGCAAUAACAAACAUGUACAAGGAGCUUGGUGCUUCUGAUAAAGGUUUGUGAUGAUGGUAUAAUCGUGUGAUCAAUAAAAAGCCUAUUCAAAAUUUGUUUUUCCUAAAUGUUUAUCCCAAAUUGUAUUCUUUUUUGUUUUCUUGCUACAUAUUUAUUGAAUAGUAAAGGUAAUAAAGGUGCUACAUUAAUGAAACUUUUUUACAAUGUU